CACAGAUGUGUGGCAAUGGGUAACUGCUGCACCUGGGGCAGGUAAAGCGCCUGCUUGGGCAGGGGCACAGAUUUCUAAGGACUGUCCACAGGGAGGAAUUUGCUCCUGGGGACUGAUUGCUGGGUCCUGUCCCUGCUCUGUUACUGUGGGACAUGGUCAGGUCACUCCAUCUCCAGGUUGUGUCCUUCCUGAAAUAAGGUGGAAUUGUGGUGGGCACGUUUAGGUGCCGAGGCAGCGCGCUCUGAGGGGUGACUGAGAACUGCUGUGUUACCCCUGAACCCACUGCUGUCCUCGCUCAUCCCUGCCCUGGGCACUCGUCAGACACCUUCAGGGAGCAGCUCCUGAGCUGGAUCUGCUGUGCCAGACCCACCAGGGUCCAUCACCUGCAGGUCCCAUCAGCUGUCCCCUGGGAGGGCUGGACAAAGCCGGAGCGAGAGCCCUUGAUCCUGCAUUGGGUCAGGUCUGUAAGGAUCCCUGGAGGACAGGAGGGGAACCAAAGGCAGGUCACUGCCCUGGGGACACCAGCUGUGAGAGAAGCUGGUCUGACAGAGGGACAAGGUUUGGCCCUUUGGGUGACUCUUGGGUGUCUGUGGUUUGGUUUGGUGGGCAAAGAUCCCUUCGAAAGGAACGUUCCACCCAGGUUUGGGUGACCGUGGAAUCGCUGAGGGGUGUGCCACGACUUGGCCAGCACAGAAAUACCUGCUGUGGUGUUUGGGGACCUCUGGGGCUCUGUCCCAGAGGGGAUUUAACAGGCUUUAGAGGGGCUCAGCGGCGCUGUCUGAAGAUCUGCAUCCCGAGCUGCUGUGGGGGCAGAGGAAGCUGUGGGAGAAGCCACCACCAGAGCGUUGGCUUGAGGGGAUCUCUGGCAGCAGAUGUUGGUGUAGCGGGGGCACAGCUGGGGCUGGCUGGGGGUCUGGGUUUCUCAGGUGCCACAGAGAGAUGGGAACAGGGUGCUGAUCCCAGGAUGAGGCUUGGCAGUGGGAAUGUGUCCGAGAGAGGUUCUCUGCAGAGUCCCAGGUGGGCAGUGGGUCCAAGGUGGAAGCUCUGCAGUGCAUUUGUGGGCUGUGGCCUCAGGUGUUGGGCGCUGGGAAGUGGUUUAGUUCUUGCAAAGAAGCUUUCUGCCUUUGUUUAAUGGCUUUCCUGAAUCCGGGUGAAAAUGGCCAAGGGGUGUGAGGCUUAGGAGUCAGUUCUGACUUUGUUUUGCCUUGCCUGGGAUUGCUCCAGCCUUGGCCUCACCUGUACCUUUGGAGUGGUCAGACUGAGGGAUUUCCACAGGAGAUGCUGCUCCAUGUCCUGCACCUCUGGGACAGAGCUGGGCAGCCCAGGACCUUCCCAGCCCAAAACUGUGACAGAUUUUAUUUAGUGUGAGAGUUUAUCAGAGAGGAAAAUGGGUGGAUUUGUGCUUCUCCAUGGGGUGUAAUGACCUUGGCUUGGGGCUCCUGAGCUGGUCCCAGCCUACAGGGAGAGGGGACAGUGGCAGAGCAGGCGCCUGUCACUCUCUGCAGCUGCUUUUUGCUGCCUUUUCUACACCUUGGCUGUGGUUUUACACAUCCUGAAUCCACCCAGGCAGGUUAAACAGCCUGUUCCUCCACCAGCAAGGGAAUGUGUGCAAAAGCCUGGAUGCCUUCCAGUGGCCUGUGUGAGGAGAGGGAGUCCUGUCCCCAGCACUCAGAAAAUGUGAACAAAGCUCUGACCCCAUAAGUGGGACCUCCACCUGCUUGGGAUGGUGCCAGACCUGUCCUGCCCAAGGUCAGGGAGCAGGAGCAGAGGCUCCACACUUGUCCUUGUCCCUGUGUGGGCUGAGGUGGGAGUGUCUCUGUUCCCGUGCCAAGGGCAAGCGGGUUUGCAGCCAAAUCUGCCCCGGGGAGAUCUCUACAGUGCCAGCAGCCCCUGGGUCCCUCUGCCCCCUGCAGAUGGGGUUGGUUUUACUCUUUGUGACGGCGUCUGGCUGCCACAGGAAGGUGACAGUUGGCAGAAUUUGGGCAGUUGCAGUGCUGGAGGCAGAGGAGGAGGGAUGAGGGCAGACAGAGACACCGGCCAUGAGAAAAUCAACCGGACUCCUUCGGACGAGGAAUGCUUCUUUGACCUGUUGAGCAAGUUCCAGAGCAACCGGAUGGAUGAUCAGCGCUGCCCGCUGGAGGAGUGCCCUGCCGAGGCUGCGGAGGCAGCUGCCACGCGGGUCCCUGCCCUGGGAGAGCGGAUAUCACAGUCCACCCUGAUGGCAUCUCCACAGACAGAGGAGUUCUUCGACCUCAUCGCCAGCUCCCAGAGCAGGCGCCUGGAUGACCAACGUGCCAACGUGGGCAACCUGCCUGGCCUGCGGAUAACCCACAACAACCUGGGCCACCUGCGUGUGGAGGGGGACGCCCAGGAGCCCGGGGACGAGUUCUUCAACAUGCUCAUGAAGUGUCAGUCCUCCAGGAUCGAUGACCAGCGCUGUGCCCCCCCAGACUCCAUCCCCCGUGGCCCCACCAUGCCUGAUGAAGACUUUUUCAGCCUCAUCCAGCGUGUCCAGGCCAAACGCAUGGACGAGCAGCGUGUGGAUUUGGCCUCAGCCCAGGAGGAGGAGGAGGAGCAGCAGAGACCUGGUUCCAGCUAAGAACUGGGCUUUGGUCUGGGGGGGUUGUUUCAGCUUUAUUUUGUUUUUUAAAAAGGAAAAACAGAGUAGGUGGUUUCAAGUCUGAGUGUUCCUGUGCUGCCAGUCUUGUCCUGGGAGCUGCACCUCCAUCGUGUUCCUAUGGGAGAGCCCAAUGGAUGGGGGACAAUUUUUAAAUAAGGGGUUUUUUAGGAUACUGGGCCACAGGGCACAGCACCUGGAAGACUUUAGCAGCCCCUUGUUGAUCACCUAAAACCCCAGGGACUUGGAGGAGCCCACAGGGGGUAGUUAACUCCAGUCUUGAUGUCUUUUAUUUCCACAACACUUUUAUUUAAACAGGGAAAGGGAAGAACCUUUUCCAUUUUGAAGUCCUUCUGUCUUCCCUGACACAAAUGGUUCUGGAUUCUUCUCUGGAACAUAUUGCUCAGCUUUGUUCCUUCUACAGGAGAAAAGAGCCCAAGUCCUUUAAACCUUACUCCGCCCCAGCUGCAUCGUGGUCCCACACACCUGAGUGUAUUUUAGGUUUGCUGAGGACUCUCUGGAGAGCCCUGGACAUUCUCUUCUUCCAGCUGCAGCCCUGCAGGACCUCCUGAGCAGGGGAAAGGAGGAAAGAGGUCUCUGCCCAAGUGUUCAUCAGCCCACGGCAAACAGGGACAGCUCCUGGUGCCAAUGAGCCAAUGUGAGGGUGUCCAAGACAGAACCUGUGUGUGACAGGGCCCUGCCUCAACAGCCAGCAAAGCUUUCUGCCCAUGGCUCGUCCCUUCUUCCUUCUGUGUCCAACAGCAGCUUGGGCCAAUGGCCUUUCCCUCCUCUCGUUUCUCCCCAGACCAGCCUGAGCUGCUCCCAGUGAGACAUUCUGGUUCUGCCCCCCUGUCUCCAGCCACUGGAGCCUCAGCAGAGCCCCAGCCUGGGGGGCUGGCUGGGAACUCACAUUUACUGUCAUUCCUUCCCCUUUUGGACCAGCUGGAAAAGCUGGAGGAGGGAGCAGAGACCUGACUUGAAGAGGUGAAGUCUUUUUCCUUUGCUUGACCAGAGACUCUGCUGGACUUCAGAAACUGCAGCGCCGAGUUGUGCCGAAGCAGAGAAUAAAUCCUCACUUCUGAUUUGAAAUGCGUUUGAUGGAAACAUUCCCGACCAGCAGGGAGAUAUUUUUAGACCAGUGAUGCUGCUCACGGGGCAUUUACCCUGCCUGCACUGACCAUGUGGAGUGGUAGCUGCAGUUUACCUGCUACCUGGGAGCACUCACCUGCUGCUUGGCCGAGGCUGGGGCUCCCUCCUGGGGCUGGGCAGAGCUCUGGAGAGGGCAGAGGAGGAGCUGCCCAUCCCCUGCCUUGUAAAAGAGGAAAACAUUGAUGAUGAUGAUGAUGAUGAUGAUGAUGACCUGACCUGCUGCAGGCUCAGGCCUGUGCAGCUCUUAGCUGGGUGGUGAACUGGAACCUGACCAUUAAGCUUUCAGAGGUAUUAUUGAGGUAUUAUUUGCCAUAUACUUGAAUGUAUGAGCUUAUUUAUUUUUUACAUGUGCAUUUGCUAAUGUCAUUUUAAUGGGGAAUUUCCAACCCACAGGUACUUGUUUUUUUUUUUCUAAAAAAUAAUCUGCCAAAUGGAUUAAUAUAUUAGAAAUGAAUACAGCUCAAGGGGAAAGGGGUGGGGGGGAUUGUGCUUAAUAAAUAUUUGUGUCUAAGCUUCAGUGCAAAUACUCAUUUCCAUUAUUUCCUGGCUGACAGCAGGGCUAAUCCUGGCCCUCUGGAAUAGGGAAGGGGCUGAAUGGUGGUCUCUGGUAACAGACACCACCACAUGUGCUAAGAAAAGUGUUGUGCACCCACCUCCACAUUGCUUUACACUGUGAGCACAUGGGGCUCUUGGCAGCCACCACCAUCCCAGCAUGGAUGUGGCCGUGGAGGGAAGGCACAAAGCCCUGAGAAUUCCCUGCCCAGAAGUUUCCAGGACAACAGGGCAGACAGAGCAGCCCUGCAUGGCUGGGAAAAGGCUGAGGAGAGGCUGAGCUGUUCCUUUCAGGCCCUGCCUGGCUCUGCCCGGUCUCGGUGCCGCCCCGGCGCCUGGCCCAAAGCUGGGUUGUUCCCCAGAGCCACGGGACAAGGGCAGGGAGUGCUGGGCACAGCCCUGGCACCAGCCCUGGGAGCAGACACAAAGCAGCAGCACCAGCUCAUUCCAGCACAGCAGCCAUGGGCAGGACUGGGCUGGAAGGCGGCCUGGGAGCAGCAGUUUGGAUCCUGAGCCCUGUGAGGACAAACCCUUGCCUGGCUCAUUUGUGCUGGCCACUGCCAGCCCUGCUCAAAGAUUAAUAAAGAGCCACCAGCUUGUUCUCCUCAGGUGUUCUCACACCUCUGGAUGCCUGGGCACAGCAGCUCUGUGUGACCUGGGGACAGAGCUGUGCCCUCAGGUGUGCAGAGGCUCAGAUUCCCAGGGAGUGAGUGAUGGUGCCUCACCUCCUGUCUCCAUCCUGAGCAGCACAGGCUCGUUCUGAGCUCCUGAGCAGAAGGGACUGGUUACCCCUGAGUGUCCGGAGCAGCCUGCAGUGGCAGCUGCUGUGUGGCGUCCUCCUCUCGUUCCCGGGUCGGGAAGAGCUCUGCGAUGCUGACAUCCGCUGGAGAGCCGCGGGAUUGCCGGCCCGUGCAGCGCUGCUGCUGCUGUGAGCUGCCGGGAGCAGGGCUGUCCCCAGUGCAGGGCAGGUCCUCUUGAUGAAGAACCCUAAAAAUCCAGCAGAAACACGAGAUCCUGCCUUCUCCUACCCGGCUGUACACAAGCACCCAGAGGCACUCACAAUACAGGGCUGAUGUCAGGCCUGGAGAAAGGCACUCAGCUUCUCCUCACUCCCUGCCUUUGGCUAAAGCAAAUCCGUGUGCU